UUUUUACCCUUUUUUUUUCUUUUUUAGAUAUCUUUCUCGGAUAGCCACCAUGAAAAACAUCACGAAGUUACAGGAGAAAGACCCGUUGAGUUUUCCCCCCCUGUUGUUCAAACGGUAAAGGCUAUCUGACGGAGUGAUAAUCUUAUUAAAUUUCCUAGAUUCGGCAUAUCCAUAGUACAUGACCACGGAUAACGGCCAGGAUAACACGGAUAACACCUGGAAAGCUCCCUAAUAGGCUCCACGCUACCCCCAAAACAGCAAUCUGUUGUUGGCCAUAGCUCCUUUUUAGAGCUUGUUACUUUUUUAGAGCUUUGUUAAACCUUGUGCCCUGACAACCGGCUUCUCCAACACUUAUCACAGAUUAUUAUCACUUCCUACCAAAGAUCCUCCCUGGCGCUGGUUUAAUUGCCAGCUGUCGCAGCUCUUCCCAGCUCUUCCUAGCAACCAGACUUGAAUCUCCAUGCCGCUCUUUUCGCUGUUUGUAUAAUACAUAGCAACCCAUCUUUCGCAUUGCGCCGUUUGGUGUUAGGUCUUGUUUUGCUCGGUCUCUAGCUACUCUACCGCUUUUAAGUGCGAGUCUCGAUAUUUACUUUCGGUAAACUUAGCUUCAACAUUUCACAAUUCUACAAGCUAUAAGACAAGUUACAAGCAUUGAAGCCCUAGAGCAGGAGCUCUGUCGGCAACAUGGGGUCCGAGGCUAUCGCAAGUCAUUAUCAAGUCCUUGAGGAACUUGGCCGUGGUAGCUUUGGAAUAGUAUACAAGGGUAUUGAGAAAGCAACGGGCGAAGUUGUUGCUAUCAAGCACAUUGACCUUGAGUCUACCGAUGAUGAUAUCCAAGAUAUCCAGGCUGAGAUCUCAGUCUUGAGUACUUGUGCUAGCUCAUACGUAACGCAGUACAAGGCUAGCUUCUUGCGGGGAAGCAAGUUAUGGAUUGUUAUGGAAUACCUUGGAGGUGGAUCCUGUCUUGACCUGCUUAAACCCGAACCAUCAGUCUUUAGUGAGACGCACAUUGCCAUAAUAUGUCGCGAACUACUUCGUGGUCUAGAGUACCUCCAUGCCGAGGGAAAGAUUCACAGAGAUAUCAAGGCUGCCAAUAUCCUCCUCUCAGAGUCGGGCAAGGUUAAGCUAGCCGACUUUGGUGUUGCAGCUCAACUUACAAACAUUAAAUCGCAACGUAAUACCUUUGUUGGCACACCCUUUUGGAUGGCGCCCGAAGUCAUUCAGCAAGCUGGCUACGACUUUAAAGCUGACAUCUGGUCUUUGGGAAUCACGGCUAUUGAAAUGGCAAACGGAGAACCGCCCCACGCUAAUCUCCACCCCAUGAAAGCCUUGUUUCAUAUUCCAAAGAACCCACCCCCUAGACUAGAGGGUAAUUUCUCAAAAGACUUCAGAGACUUCGUAUCGCAGUGUCUCAUGAAGGACCCGGAUCGCCGGCCGUCAGCGAGGGACCUGCUAAAGCACCGAUUUGUUAGGUCUUCGGGGAAAGUGGAAGCGCUACAGGAGUUGAUCGAGCGACGACGCAAGUACGAUGCCACGAAAACCAAGAAGAGAAGCAGAGCAUUCUAUCAAGAAACAUUACGAGACUUCUCUCCAAAGGACGAUCAAGAUGAAUGGGUCUUUGACACGGUCAGGUCCGUCGUUCCCAGGCAACCAACUGUCAAGUCUCGGAAACCAUCCUCAAUCUUCUCUACUGAAGAAGCAUUGCGUAGGAUGGACCUCAAGGAUGCCCCAUUGCAACCUUCGUCACCAGCUCCAGCCCCGGUCACGAUGCGUAAGGCUACAAUGCGGAGACAAUCCUCUCUAGCACAGAUUUCUAAUUCUGGGUCUGUACGUGGUCCACCAGCCCCUGCAAUUAGACGUCCUCUCCAGCCAGAUAUGUCGUUCGGUAACUCGGGGUCGUCACAACGUCUUUUCAGAAGAGUGCCUUCCGACACUUCCACAUCUGGCCAGGUAGCCUCCUCGGACUCGAUCCACAUACUCUCGGAUGAAAAUAAGCGCCCUGGUGCUGUUGAAGCAACCAGCAAGGAGGCUGUGCUCGGACGGCGCUUAUACUCUAAGGCGGUCGAGCCUACACUCGCAGAGCUGCAUGCCCAAACAUCGAGUAUGGCUAAGCGGGAGGCAUUGGGUAAGCUAUCUGACGCUCUUGCACUAUUAGACUCGGUUGAUCCUGAAGGUGCCUACCAUCUUUUGCGCAAUUUGAACUCUGCUAUUUCGCAAGACACCAAAUUGUCGAAUGCAUUCUUGCAGCAGGAUUCAGGGGGUUCUAUGAAGGGGUUUGAUCCCACAACACCACAGGGUAUGGGUACGGUGGUUAUUAAGAGUCAAACACCAACCAGCCAAAACCAAAGUCCAACAAAGCUUGUCCUGGCGGCUAGCAACCCUCAUCUGAAGAGUCACAAAAGACGACAGGGGAGUGUGACAGUGAACGGUGUUGGAAGUCCUGAGAAGAGGGAGAAAGACCCAGAGAAGGUCGCACUGCAGGCAAAAUACCCUGGCCGCGACCCUCAGCCGGGUAUGGAGCACUGUAAACAGCUUUCGGAUGUCCUAUACGGUCGAUGGGUGGAUGGCUUGCGCCUGCGUUGGCCAGGUGUCUAGUACGGAUGUUUAGAGGCAUCAUCAACUUAGGUAAAGAAGUAAGCAAAAGUCGCUUAGAGCGAGCAUACUUGGGAAGUUGAUAUGAUGUAAGAUUAGGAAGGGUCCGCACGACCCUAGGGACGUAAUUGGACGUAACAGCAAACGACGGCGCAAAAUAACGAACAGCUCGCGCUGAACACGGAUGAAUGGGGAAUAUGGACAUGGCAGCUUGGACUUUGAUGCGUUUUCUGCUACUAGGGGAUCAGGAGGGCUAUAAUCUUUCUGCAUUUGGAUCCUUUAUUCCAACGACUGCUAUUCGCAUUGCAAGGGGUGUUUGGUGCGUUCAUGUUUCAUGUACAUCAUUGUAAAAGGUAAAUAGGUACAAGGUUCGGAUAGGAGGUAGUCCAACGGUCAGAUAGGUAGCUUGGUAUCAAAUACAAACUAUAGUUUAAGAA